AUGAGUGAGGGUAAUGAGGAUAAGGAAAAAAAUACCAAAAAUAAUUUUAUGAAAAAUAUUUGGUUUGAUAAAUCUUUUGGAAAGUGUUAUCUAAAUGAAUGCGAGGGAGAAGUUGAUAUCGGAGCAAUUGAGAAAAAAAUAAACUGUAAAAUAAAAGAAGUUUACUUAGAAGAAAACAGCAAAAAUAUCUCUUUGACUAAUUAUUCUUUACCUCUGAGACUUAAUUUUUAUGAUAGUGUGCGUUCGUUAGAAGAAUUAAAAGAAAUUGUUAAUUUAAACUGGCUUCAUGAUAACAAAGAAGUGUCGCUUUCAGUUAGUAACGUUGAAAAAAAUUUACUCGCCGAACACGCUACUGACCCUUUUAUUCGAAAAACAGCCUGGAAUUUAGUCAGUGGCAGAGGAAAUAGAAUUUGUGUUGUCUAUGGCAUUGAACGACUAAUUGAUAUCUCAGAUUUAGACCAAAUUAUUGACAAUUAUGAUUAUAGUCGUUUUGCCGGGAUGAGAGCAGGAAAUGAAGAAGACGUUGAAUAUCACCAAAAACUUUUUGGAGGAAGAGAAAAGUUCGCAGAACUUUACACGGCUUUCGAUAAUUUGUCUAAUAGAAUUAAAGCCCGCAAUUUAAUCAUUGUUUCUCGUCUAUUAGCCGAUAAGGAGGAUUUGGCAGCCG